GUCUUGAGCCUCUCUUCCACCUGACUCUGAGGAAGAAGUACGAGCUGCUGGUCGACAUGGAGGACUUCAGUGGAAACAAAGUGUUCGCUCGUUACUCCUCGUUUUCCAUCGACCCAGAGUCUGACGGAUACAGACUGAAUGUAUCUGGAUUCAGUAAUGGAGGGGCAGGAGACUCCUUUAGUCUUCACAGCGGACUGAGGUUCUCCACCUUUGACAAAGACCAGGACACCUGGCCCGGUAACUGUGCCAGAUCAUUCUUGGGGGCGUUCUGGUACAACAACUGUCACCAUACAAACCCUAACGGGGUUUAUCGCUGGGGGGCUGACAGCACUCUCUAUGCUGUUGGAGUGGAGUGGUCUACUUGGAAGGGUUAUGACUACUCCCUGAAGACCAUCAGCAUGAAGAUCCGUCCUGUGCAGUAGUUCUCCAGGACCAACGUACAGCAGAAUAUCAGCAGCUGAUCUCUCUCCUGAUUUCUUUCUCUUUCUCUCAUUAAGCAUGUAAUCUCA